CUUUCCUCUCUGCCUUCACUCCCUCCGCCUCCUCUGACUGUACCUAAAUGUUAGUAGUGGCGGUGGGUUUCUGCUCUGUCUCCCUGUCUGUCUCUCAGUCAAAGAGUCUAAAAAGGCUUUGAUUUGACUCCGCAGUCAAACCGGGGGAAGACGGCGGCGGAAGCGGCUCCGUGUGAUCGCUACUAAAUACCUAACUAACUAACCAGCCACUGCCCACGGACGAGAGGAGACAAUAAAUAGCCCCCACCACAUAACUCAGCUUGGACAGCAGAACACAACUCUAACAAACAACAAAAGGAGAAGAGCUCACCUGAGUUACAGGCCAACAGACACGUUGAACUUUGACCUGCCGGGGCUUCAGAUAAAUGGCUGACAAACAGAUCAGUUUGCCUGCCAAAUUGAUCAAUGGGGGGAUCGCUGGCCUGAUUGGAGUGACCUGUGUGUUUCCCAUUGACCUGGCCAAGACUCGUCUGCAAAACCAGCAAAAUGGAUCUCGCCUUUACACCAGCAUGUCAGAUUGCCUUAUUAAGACCAUCCGAUCAGAAGGGUAUUUCGGGAUGUACCGAGGAGCUGCAGUGAACUUAACACUAGUCACGCCAGAGAAAGCCAUCAAACUGGCUGCUAAUGACUUCUUCAGGCAUCACCUCUCUAAGGAUGGAAAACUCACUCUUGUCAAAGAGAUGAUGGCUGGUUGUGGGGCAGGUACAUGCCAGGUUAUUGUCACGACUCCUAUGGAGAUGUUGAAAAUCCAGCUCCAAGACGCUGGACGAAUUGCUGCUCAGAGGAAGCUUAUGCCAGAGACGGUGGCAGCAGGUGCAGUUGAGACCAAGUCUCCAACAGCCAUGCAGCUGACCAGAGAAUUGCUGAGGGAAAAGGGUAUCGCUGGGCUUUAUAAAGGUCUUGGUGCCACGUUGCUCAGGGACGUCCCUUUCUCCAUCAUCUAUUUCCCUCUUUUUGCCAACCUGAAUAACCUGGGCAAAAGAGGCAGAGACGGCCCGGCUCCUUUCUACGUGUCAUUUAUGUCAGGCUGCCUUGCGGGGAGCACAGCGGCUGUUGCUGUCAACCCCGUAGAUGUUAUAAAGACCAGACUGCAGUCUCUGAACCGAGGGAGCACAGAAGACACAUACAGCGGAGUGACUGACUGUAUCAGGAAAAUCAUGCGUAACGAGGGUCCGUCGGCCUUCCUGAAGGGAGCCUACUGUCGAGCUCUGGUCAUCGCGCCUCUGUUUGGCAUCGCCCAGGUGGUGUACUUCUUGGGCGUGGGUGAAUUUAUCCUCAGCUUCUUGCCUAAAAAAGACAACUAAGAAACGCCUCCUUUCUGCCUUUUCCCUCCCAUAAUGCAUUACACCAACGACAAGAGGAUUCAUCUCAUUCUGAAAGAAAGUUUCUGAUGGGUCUAAGCAUGACCGGUCGCCACAUUUCGAUUAGAUUAGUUGUGUUGAAUGUUUUGUGUAGUUCAGGACAGAGCCUUUGUUUGCCAAGCUGCCUGUGGUGGCGCACCAAAAUUCCAGUUGGCAGGCUCAGCGAGCUCUCUGGAAAAGAAGCCACGAAUAUCAGCUCGAGUUUUCAAAGGAGUGUACUUGCUUUAUAAUUUUAUUGCAGUUUUUUGAUGAUUGUUAAAUUUUAAAAGUAGAUGUACUGCCCUUGGCUGCUGCAGCUCUGCCAGUACCCAAUAUUUCAAACUUCAUUAGCCUUUUAAUGACAGAGAGGACCUUAGCAAUCUAUCUGAAGUUGUAAAUUAUAAUUAGCUUAAAUUAAAAAUUUAACGCACAUUCCUUAGUUUGAAAGAUUUCGGAGAACAUUAGGCCUGGUAGAAUAUUUUCCCCCGGACUUUGUGUCUUAAAAGUUAACAUACAUACGGUUAGGGUGAAAUACACACCUCUGUUUCAGACAAAGACCCAGGCAGUGUGUUGACAUGAUGCCAGCGCAAUCCCUAUGAUCUUUCCUGAGAACCCACAUCCCUUCCUGUAAGAGGGUGUAAUGAACUCAGCCAUUCAGCUCCGACCAGACUCCGAUUGCCUUGGCUUUUUAAGUAGAUCAGGUUCCAUCUGACAUUUAGCGCUACCACAAUGGUCCGACUGUUUUGCCUCCCUGAAAGAUAUGUUUCCCCGGUGACACACGAGACUGAAGAAUUAUGCACUACUACAAACUACCAUUGUUUAAGCUCAGAAUCGCACCAAAAACGAGAAUAAACUGCUGCUACGUGUCUUUCUGUGGGUUGAAACCGUCAAGCAUGUGGUGCAUCUGCCUGGACCCCAAUCAGUGAUAUCACAGCGGGUGUAGACCUUCGUCCGAUGAUGGAAAACACCCGCUGUGACAUCACUGAUUGGAUGGCGGCCUGAAGCGCGGUGUGCGGCGGUGGCGGUUUUCUGCCACGUGCGGAUUCAGAUGUGAACGCUAAAUGGGUUGUAACUAAUUUUAAUAGAAAGCCAGACGAUUAGUGAUUAUGCACCUGUGAAUACAGCCAUCUAAUGUGGAGCCUGGAGUUCUUCAUGCCCCUUAGAUACAGACAUAAUUAUUUUUUGUUUACAGACGAGUUCAUGCGCAGUUUUAAAUUCCUGUCCCAACUUGAAUUCAGUGGCAAGAUCCAAAGAGCCAAUGAGAGAAAAAAACAAAACAAAGAAAACUUUUAUCUGUCAGAAAAUCCAACCAGUGUGUUCUCAGUGUAUGAUUUCUACCAAACAUCUCUGCUUGUUUGCUUUAGAGGUUUUGUUUGCUUUAAGCUGCUAGGGAAAGCAGCCCUGUCCUAUCUUGUUUAUGCAUCAGUAAACUGAAGCCCUGCCAUUGGUUUAUCUCUCGGAGAUCAAGGUGACUUUAACGUGUACUAUCCAAUCACAUUCCUUCCUUGCUCCCACUCUCCAAGCAGCUCGUCUAUUGUACCGUUGCACUGUAGAUACAUGGUGCAACUUGUCAGUGUGAUAUCAUUUGUGGGAGUGAGCUUUAUUUAUCAAUAUUCCUUUCCAUAGGCAGUAUAGCACUAUAUAUUUGUAUGUGUCGUUGUUUUACUGUGUCAAAGUGUCCACCUUAACUAUAUUGUACAUAUGCAGAUGAUAUGAACUUUAUGUUUUAGGAUUUAUUGUUCGUUUUGUACAUGACAGCUUAUUUGCACACCUACCUCUCCAGCCCCCCCUCCCUCAAUCCAUAUUGUGUUGAUUUUAUGUAAUGAUGUGAAGAUAUCAAAUGAAGGAACAUUAAUGCAACAGGUAUGCAAAGGGGAACAUUAGCGUAGAUCUUAGACGGCUUUAUUUGGAGGUGCCAUUUCUUCCAGGCUGCUGGUUAAGUGUGCGGAUGGGCCUGUUUCCUACUGGUUAAUCGACCAGGACCAAUUGAGGCAUUGUAUAGAGACGUAGUUAGUUUUAAGUGAAUGACUUGUGGCAUUGCUUAAUCAGGCCUGAAAAUGAAAUGUAAUCCACCCUGAUGCACGACCAGUGGAGACCUGUCUGGGCUGUAAUGUAAACCUGUCUUUCUGAAUGGUGCUUCUUACAUGAGGUAGCUGCAAUGUGACAGCGGCAUCGCAAAACGACCGAGGCUGUAAUGAGUGAAUCACGAGUGAGCUCAUCUCACCGUUAUCAACGUCUUAACUGAAAGCCAUAGGUCAGGGCCGUUAGAGAUCGAGUGGCACCUCCAGCCACGACGGCCGACUACAAGCUGAGCCGCAGGAAAACAUGUGAGCUGGGCUUUAUAUUUAGCUGUUGGAGUUUUACUUUAUUUUUGACAUUCCAAGUUUAUCUCAUCCAAUUUGUUGUUGUGAUUGCAAUGCCUAGUUUUGUGUGUGUGUCUGUUGAGACUAUUGUUAUGAUUUCAUUUGAACCCCGACCCUCCCUCACUGAUCGUUUUUUUUUUUUUUUUAUCUGUCCAUGAAAAUGUCGUGCAAGUCAUUUUGUUUUAUUCAGCUGUGAAUUUUCAAUCGUGCAUUUGGUUACGUGUGUGAGCGUGCGUCUGACAGUGUAGUGCUGUAGUUGGUGUGUAGUUGUUAGUGUGACACUGCGGUAUUUUCCUCUCUGAUUGUCCUUCCCAUGUUCUUUCUUUCUAUCUGUCACACUCCUCUGCCCUCUACUCUACCCUGUGUCUAAUGACUGGGUGCGAGUUAGCAGAGGAAAAACACCAAAUGUUUAACGUAGAGUGUACACAAUCAAAGGAAGCACAAGGAUUAUUAGGCACAAGAGACCACGUGGCCACUUUUUCAAAGUUCUUGGAAACACAAAGUGUGCGGCGUUCAUUUUGUGCCACAAUUAUGCCUGUCGGUUCAAAUUUAAACUGUCAUUUUUCAUGUGACAGGAAGUGCAACAAGAUGGCAGACGCGCAGUUUGGUUAAACGAGCGAUCGACACAAGGCGGUCUGAUGUCAAAAUGGUUUUUUAAACAAAUGAUUUACAGUUCAAAGUUGAACAGGCACACGUUUGUGUCACAUGCUCAGUCGACAUGUGCAGUGCGCAUAUGGACGUAAUUUUGGCACAGAUGGAACCGCAUACAUUUGUCAGAUAUGAAUUGUUUCUGUGCAGAUGUCGAUUGAAACUUUUUAAUCUUGUAAAAAAGAAAAAGAGAAAAAAAAAGAGUUGAUAUAUGUCUGUAAAACUGGAUGCACAGGGCUGAGACGACAGGUCAUUAUAAGAGUCCCGCGUAACGGUGUCCACUAUGUUACCCAUCAGCAGUUAUCCACAAAAAGGAAAAAGAGUAUAUCGCCUACAUAUUCUAAAUGAAUCAGAUAUAAGAAUGUAACUUAGAUAUUAUCAGAUGUAUUAUAAUUAUAGUGAAGAGUUUAUGACAUUUUAAUUGAAAGAUUUGUGCUUUACACAUUCACUGAAAAAUUCAUGAACCAGCUCACUGAUAUGCAAUAAGUAGAAGCCACAACAUGGAUACACAGUAGGGAGAAAAAAAACCCUCACGGAAACAGUGAACACAAUCUGUCAAUCACAAGACAUCACACAAUGUAUGAAUAAUGCAACUGGGGACCUUGGAGGCCUUCUGGGGUCUGAGCUCUCUUCAUGGCCUCUGUUCUCUUCCUCCAAGAGGAAUUGUGCAUUAUAGCACUUUAAAACAAGGACCCCACCUGGCUGUCCAUCUACAACGUCUCUCUCUAUGACGUAGAGGGUGGUCAUGAAUAUGUGUUGUGAAUGACACAGUUGUCCUGAACAUUGUUUACAAUGCAAUGGAAAAAAAAAAAAUUAUAUUGUGUUCCCUGUCACAAUUUGCUGUUCAAUAAACUUACUGUCCUCAAACCGG